UAAUUUGUAAAUUGAGUUUGACCAAAUUGAAUUGAGUGGGAAUCUGCUUAUGAUUCCGAGCUGCUGCUCUCCUGUUUAUCAGUGGAAGCCAAGUCAGUGCUCCACAGCUUUUUUCGACAAUUCCACUAGUUUUAUGUCCCCCCUUUAAAUAUAAUAAUAUUCCUCUUCCUCUGUAAAUAUUCCCCGCUUUUUCAUCAUCUCUCCACCCUUCUCUUUCUCUAUCUUUCAACAGCCAUGAGUCUCUUUGGCAUUGGCAGGAAUCAAAGGACAUUCCGGCCUAAGAAAAGUGCCCCAUCAGGCAGUAAGGGUGCACAGCUUAGACAGCAUAUUGAUGCCACUUUAGGUAGUGGGAACUUGCGAGAAGCUGUAAGGUUACCUCCCGGUGAAGAUUUUAAUGAAUGGCUGGCUGUUAACACUGUAGACUUCUUCAACCAGGUGAAUCUUCUCUAUGGCACCCUCACAGAGUUCUGUACACCAGAAAACUGCCCUACAAUGACUGCUGGCCCUAAGUACGAGUAUAGAUGGGCGGAUGGUGUAACAAUUAAAAAACCUAUUGAAGUUUCGGCACCUAAAUAUGUCGAGUAUUUGAUGGACUGGAUUGAGACACAGUUGGAUGAUGAGUCCUUAUUUCCUCAAAGGCUUGGUGCACCGUUUCCUACUAAUUUCAGGGACGUUGUGAAGACCAUAUUCAAACGGCUAUUCCGCGUAUAUGCUCAUAUAUACCAUUCACAUUUUCAGAAGAUUGUGAGUCUUAAGGAGGAAGCCCAUCUAAAUACUUGCUUCAAGCAUUUUAUACUUUUUACAUAUGAAUUUUCGCUGAUAGACAAGAAGGAACUCGCUCCAUUACAAGAUCUCAUUGAAUCGAUUGUCCCAUAUUAAUGAGCACAACUGUCUAUCGAUCUUGAUAUCGAUUCUACAUAUGAAAUAUGUGUGUUUACAGAUAGUUCCAUGUAAAUGGUCUAUUUUAUUGUAUCAUCUUAGUAUUACAAACAACUCAAGUGAUGGUUUUAUCCAGAAUUAAUGUUAAAAAUGCCAAGACAGGCUUGUUCUGUUUUA